AUGGUUGCUACAGCGGCAGUUCCACUGGCCGCUGAUCUGUCAUUUGCGGGUGUUCUGGUAUUACGGUUUAUUCAGGGCUUUGCCUACGCAGCCGAUUUCUGCGUCCUCGGCGUGAUUACGGUAAAAUGGGCGCCGCUGAACGAGAUGAGCAUUUUCAUCGCGAUCAUGACGAGUUUUGUGACGUAUUCGCCAUUUUUGACGAAUAUGGUGUCUUCAUUUUUCUGCACCUCGUGGCUGACCUGGAAAUGGUCAUUUUACGCCCAUGCCAUUUUCUCUGCUGUUUGCUUUACUGCCUGGCUUUUCUACUACGGUGACGAGCCGGCCCGGCAUUCUCGCGUAAAUCGAGAGGAAUUACUCAAGAUUCAAAAAGGAAAAACAAAAGAACACCUCGAAGCGGACCAUUUUGUACCCUACAAGGCAAUUUUAACAACCCCGACAAUGUAUGCAAUCUGGCUAAACGGGUUCGCCGAGAUCUCCACCAUCACGUUGUUGCUCACCUACAUGCCAAUGUACCUAAACAAAGUCCUUGGGUUUAGCAUCGCCUCCACGGGGAUGAUCUCGGCGAUGGCCGCGCUGAGCCAUGCUCCAGUGAAAUACGCUUCUGGAUGGUUCAGUGAUAAGAAUAAAACCUUCACCGAGCAUCGCAAACUCCAACUGUGCAACUUCAUGGCGGUGGGCUUUGCCGGUGUACUGUUCGUGCUCGUGGGGCUCGUAAAGACGGCCGGUGGCGGAAUUAUUGCUGUCGUUCUCAUCUUUGGCAUCUACCUGGCGAUGGGGGCAAAUUGCGGGGGGUACUGGAAAUGUGCCGCGCUUACGUCGAGGCAAUACGCAAAUUUCGUCCUCUCCGUCAACCAAUUUAUGAAGUGCAUUGCAUUGGGGACGGCGCCGGGAAGUUGGCUACUAUUUGUGAGCGAUGAAAGAGACGUUGACCAAUGGAGCUACGUGUACUACCUAAACGGCGCUAUUUUGAUUGUGGCAAACAUCGUCUUCUACUUCAUGUGCUCUGAUAAGCCGGCCGAGUUCACGAAAAUGACACGAGACAACCCAACUGGAAAACAGGAAUUUCUGAAUUCUGUUGAGAACUCGUUAAGAAGAGAAACGACAACGACAAACGGCGAGGCA